ACCCGGCUCACUGCCUCUCAGUGGAAUCUUAUCGAUGAUGCGUUUCUGAUUCGUACUCCCAUCCCAUUCGCUCGGCCUCGCGGGCAGCACGAACGUUCAGACGUGCUCCUGCACAAGUUCCAGGCCGGUAUGCAUGCCGUACGCAUGGAAUAUGCAGAGCGGGAGGGCGGUGACACCAGGAUGGAGCAUUUCAGGAGCAGUUGCACAUUGCGCAAUGAAGACACGUCCUCCUGAUCUAUUGGACGCGCUAAGAUCGCCGCCUCGUGUACAGCCGACACCAUCGCCUCGUGCUACGGCGCCUGGAAAGGCUAUAGAACCUUGCACUCAACCUCCCGCAUGCUGUAGAGCAGUACAGAUGAGGAGGCUCGCGACGAGGGGCCCACGCGCAGGUCCGAGUCGAGGAGGAAGGACGUGCGACGCCAUCGACGCCAGGACCAGCCAGGACCAAUCCUCCUUCCCGAUAGGGCGGGCGACAACACGGUUAUGACGUCGACGUGUGUUCUGUGAAGAUUUUUUGGAUCGUUCCUCGGAGCCUGUAUUCGUCGGCACAGCCACCUUGUGAUAUGCUUUAGCCGGCUGGUCGGUCAGGCAGGUACAAAAGCUCGUGCGUCGUGGGGCGCCCGAACGAUUACCCUGCUACUCCCCCACCUGUGGACGCACCG